AUGGCGAACACUGGCUAUACCUCGCCGUUUCCAACCUCGCAUGAUACGAUCGGCCAGUCUACCUUAGUAACUCCUCUUUUUAUGCCAUCAUCUCCUCCCCGACGCCGUUCUGACUCAUUGGGGUCUGCCUCCGCCGCUCAAACUCCGGCAACUUCCCGAACUCCUGCAACAGCCCAGACGCCCGCAGCCGAGCCCGUUUCGGCGCAUCAUGGCAAUGGGGGCCAUAUGAGCGAUGAUGAAUAUGCAUCGGACAAUGAGUUGGGAAAUGUCCCUCGUCCUGCCUCACCCAGAAGCCCGACGGGCUCGGACCUCGAUGCGCGACUUGCAGAUUACACCCUGGAUUUCAGUAAUUUUCCGGGUGGGAGUUAUGCUCUGGAUGGCAAUGAGGAAACUCUGCCCCCUUUUCAUCACGACGUAGAUAAAUUGUCUGAUGUAGGGGGCCCCGAAGAUUUUACUGCGAACAUGGAGAAAUACUUGAUGGGCGAUCCCGAGGAUGAUGCAAACCAGGACCAUGAUGCGGAAGUCGAAUACGGAUCAGUGCGACGAUCCUUCCGCAAGUCAAAACAACCUGUGAUUGAAGAGGAGCCGGACUCCGGCGAAUACAGCGAAUUUGGCCCGCCAGUGGACAUGUCCACUCCCUCGCAUUUAUUGCGCCGUGGUAGCGCUGUGCCCAAAGAUUCGACCCACCUGGAAGAUAUCGAGGAGUAUCCAGAUGACGACGACGCGCAAGAAUCCGCUUCGCCUUCCGUCCGAAAACUCUCGGAUGCCUCGAGUCAUGCGCCAAAGGAGCAACAAGAGGAUCUUCAUCAAGAAAUCGCAGAAUUGCAGCAGACUUUGAAGGAACGAGAGGAGCAACUACAGAAAAAUCGCAAUCGUGUGCUCGAGGCUGUUUCUGCUGGUGAGCAGAUUCGUCAUCUCCAGACAGAAUUGCAGCGGAAGAAUGAGCUUCUAGAUGAUGUGCAUGCUAAAGGGAGCGACGAGGCAAUGCUACGUGAGCAGGUCCAGUCGCUUCAAAAGCAGAGCGAAGAGCGCGAAAAGUUACUACACCAGGCAAGCAUGCGUGCUACAGACCUGAAUCCUCUUUUGACUCAGAUCCGAGAGAUGCAACAGCAACUUCAAGACCGAGAUUCGCAAACUUCCUUGGAUACCGAGCGGUUAGAGACAAUUGCGCAUCUGCGCCAGCAGCUCGCUCUUUCACAGGAGCAGGUGCGCAAGCGGGAUGAAACUCUGGAAGAGACAUCAACCAAGCUCAAGGAGGUCACACGUCUCAAGGAUGCACAGAUAAAGGAGAAAAACUCGGAGAUUGAUCAACUACAAUCUCAAAUUGAUGACUAUGGCCUUGAGAAUGAGAAGCUGGAAUCGGACUUGGAGCGUGCCCACAAGGACUAUGAGAUCCUUGAAGAACGUUUUAUCGAUCUGGAAGCUAGGAAUCGGCCUCUGGAAGAGAUGAAUUCUACCCUGGAAGCAAAUCUCACUCAGGCCCAAUCCCAGAUGGAAGCCCAGGAAAGUGCCCUCAAAGCUGCCGCUGCAGAUUUGCCUAUCAGCGGCCACAGCACCUAUAGCGAGAUCCUUGAUUUGAUUAAAGAUUUGGGUAAUGGUGACCCUGCAUCCCCACUCCAUUCGCCCUUGAAAGAAAAAUUCGCCGAGGCCCAAGGCAUCCAACAACCGCAACAGCCUGACAUUACAAGCAUCGCGAGUCUGCAACAAGAACUCCAAGAGACAUCCGCCGCACAAAAAGCCUCGGAUGCGGAAGUAGCCCGUCUCCGUGAGCAAGCAACCGAAACCCAAACUCUUAUUAAGACCAUUGAGACAGAGAACUCACGACUCUCCACCCGAGUGAGCGAGCUCAACACAGCCCUAAGCAAGUCCCAAAACGAACUUGCUCAAGCAAAAGAAGACCACGCCGCGUCCCUUGAAACCAUCGCACAAUCGCAAGAAGACAAGCUCGCCGAACCUCUAAGCCCACCACUCUCUCCACCAAGAAUGCACGGCGCCCUAAACCCACAGCCAAUCGAACCCGACACAGCAGCCUUGGAAGCCAACCACCAAAGCCAAGUCCGAAGUCUCCAAACCGCGCAUUCCACCGCCGUCUCGACACUGCGUGCCUCGCACGCCGAGUCAAUGCGCAAAAUCCGCAAACUACUUACAUCAGCCGAACAGCGCGAAGCCGAUCUGCGCUCCGAACUCGCGACUCUUCGCUCGUCCUCAACAAGCACCGAGAACCACCUCCGCAAGAGCUUCAAAAUCGAGCUCCGACGGCUCGAAGCCGUCAUUGCCGCAAAGGAUGAAACCGCCGCUGCAGUCGACCAGCGGAUCGCGUUGUCGGUAGACAAGCGCGAGCGCGAAUGGGAGCGACGCAUCGACCUCCUUCUCAAAGAGCGUGACCACAUGGCCAAGGCGCUAAUGAUGAGCUGGGGCGAGAAGGAACUAGGUCGCGGAUCGGGACCGAUUCAAAACAACGGCAAGGAGAACCGUCGUCGUGACCGUGACCGCGAUGUGGAUGGCAAGAAUGGCCAGGCUUAUCGUUACAAGUAUGUGCAAAAGCCGAAGUCCAAGAGCACGGAAUCCAAGGCUUAG